AUGAAAAACCCCCAAGAAAAGUCAAACACUUUCGCCGUAACCUACGACGAGUACAAGGCAGCCAGGAAGCAAGCUCAAGACGAAUGGCAUAAAGAACGAAAAGCGCUACGAAAUGAAGGAUGCGUACCAAAAGGCUCUAAGCUGUGUACCCUGACGCCGAUUCUAGAUGACAGUGGGCUUCUACGUGUAGGAGGUCGCCUCAAUAAUUCGGAGUUAUCAAAUUCAGCCAAGCAUCCGCUCAUCUUGCCGAGGAAGCAUCGCAUAUCUCACCUGAUUUUGGAACACGAGCAUCAACAUAAUCUACACCCAGGAGUUUCGGCCCUCUUUGUCAUAGUUCGUCAACGUUUCUGGAUAAUGGGAGCCAGAAAUCUGAUUCGUAAAGUUACUCACAACUGCUUCAGACAGCGAGCACAUACCAGCAACCAACUAAUGGCCGCACUACCGGCAGUGAGAGUUCGGCAAGCAUUUCCGUUCGAAAAUACAGGCUGUGAUUAUGGUGGCCCAAUCAUGAUGAAGCCACAUAAAGGAAGGACCGCUCGAAAGGAAAACGGAUACAUAUGUCUCUUCGUAUGCAUGGCUACCUCAGCUUUACACUUGGAGCUGGCAACAGACCUUAGCACUGAUACAUUUUUGUCUGCUCUGCGUGUGACGAUGUUCAGCGACAAUGGACGAAAUUUCAUGGGAGCCAAAAGAAGUCUUAACGAAAUGGAACAAUUGGUUCAAUCCCAGCUGCACAAUAACAAGAUAGCAGAGGCGUUAUCGAUCGAAGGCAUCAACUGGAAGUUCAUACCGCCACAUGCGCCUCACUGGAGCGGCAAAUGGCUUCAUUUCAAGCUUCAUUCACACCGAGUAAUCGGCCACGCCGUUCUUACAUUCAAACAAAUGCAUACGUUGUUAACACAGGUGGAAGCGGUGAUCAACUCAAGGCCUCUUUGUGCCACUUCCGAUACAGACGUUGGAUAUCUUUCGCCCGCUCACAUGCUGAUCGGUCGUCCUUACACCACAGUGCCAGAUGGAGAUUUGGACCAAGUGCCGCCAAACCGAUUGGAUUACUGGCAGCAAUCUCAGGCCAUGUUGCAAGGCUUUUGGAAAAAGUGGCAUCUUGAGUACCUUACGUCGUUGCAGCAGAGGCCAAAAUGGUUAAUGAAAUCGGCAAACCCGAAGCCUGAUGAUCUCGUACUAGUAAAGGAUUCUCAUACUCAUUAUCGAGACGAUUCCUGGCCCAGACGGUCUAGUACGAGCCCUUAA